CCUCCCACACCAUAUUUUCUUGCACCUUCUUUAUCCCCUCUGCCUGGCCAGUCCUCUCCUCCCAGCUGGGCCGGGAGCCCGGCAGUUCCCUAGGUCGCAGGGCCUCCCUUGUAGGGGUCUCCUCAUAACCAAGCGGGCUGCCGGGCCGACGCCGGAUGCAGCCUCUCUUGCUCUCAGGCACCAAGCCGGGAGGUCGCCCGCGGCCACCGUCCCGCCAGAGACCACCAUCUCGAGUUCUGGCAGGAGUGGUUUGCGCGGCGAGGAGCACAGCUGCACAGCGAGCGGCUGCCCGUACUCAAGAUGGCGGCUCCGGGCGGGCGUGGCUAGUGGCCGGGAGUCGCCGAGAAGGUGCGAGCCAUGGCUGCAACCGAGGAGCGGAGUCCAGAGGACAGAGAAGAGGAAGAAGAAGAGGAGCAGUUGGUUCUGGUGGAAUUGUCAGGAAUUAUUGACUCAGACUUUCUCUCAAAAUGUGAAAAUAAAUGCAAGGUUUUGGGAAUUGACACUGAGAGGGCCCUUCUGCAAGUGGACAGCUAUGUCUUUGCUGGGGAGUAUGAAGAUACUCUUGGCACUUGUGUUAUAUUUGAAGAAAAUGUUGAACAUGUGGAUGCAGAAGGCAAUAAUAAAACAGUACUAAAAUAUAAAUGCCAUACAAUGAAGAAGCUCAGCAUGACAAGAACUCUUCUGACGGAAAAGAAGGAAGGAGAAGAAAACAUAGGUGGGGUGGAAUGGCUGCAAAUCAAGGAUAAUGACUUCUCCUAUAGACCCAACAUGAUUUGUAGCUUUCUGCAUGAAAAUGAAGAUGAAGAAGUGGUAGCUCCAGCCCCAGAUAAACCUUUGCAGUUGGAAGAGCAAGAGAUUCACAUGAAAGACAGUUCAAACCUGAGUUAUGAACAGGAGAAGCCACUGCACUUGGAAAUAGAGGAAUCUGGUCCUCUCAUUGAAAUCCCUUCUGAGACAGAAGGUUCUGUUUUUAUGGAAACUCAAGAUGCUGCCUUAGAAAUCACUCCUAGAGGAAGUGUUUCUCAUAAUAACUAGUCAUGAACUUUAUAGAGUUUUUUUAUAAAAUAAUUGGCUGUGUAGCUUUCA